AUGACGAUCCUUAAAGCUCGUUUCGGUAGCGAUGUGAGAAAGACGAUGCUUCAUCACGCGAACGAUAUUACCCUCAAUGAUCUUACUCUCAUGCUACAGAGGAUUUUUAAAAUAGGAUCUGCUGAAGCAAUUGUCCUGAAAUACAAGGAUUCGGAGGGUGACCUAAUUACUCUUGCUGACGAUGCCGAUCUUCUCCUCGCUUUGCAGUCCGAACAAAACUUGAAGAUCGAUGUUUCAAUUGACAGUAAGGCCAUUGCCGAAUUGGCCGACAUACAACUGCAAAUUGGGCAGAUCCAGGAUGAUGUGCAACGCCUUUUGAAGUCUGUAGCAGGUCUUCACAUUCCAAGCACUCAUGCUGCUUCCCAGUCUAUUGCUUCGCAACACUUUGAACCUAAUGAAGUUCUACCUGCUGUUUCUCAUCAAGGGGACGUUCCUCCUCUCCCUGUGAAUGGUUUCGAUGCCACACCUCUUUCGCCGCCGUCACCUGUGCCAUCGGAGAAGCAGGAACUGCCAGCAACUAUUCAGCCAUCGCUUCAAGAGCAGGUGCUACCGGAUGGUCUUGCCCGACAUGACAUGUCCGCUCCAUGUGUUGAAGAAAUCCCACUGGAAGCUGGAGUUCCCGCCGCUUUCGCGCCUCCACCGUCGGAAUUCGCACCACCACCUAUGAUGCCACCAGCAGUUCAGGAUCCACAUGGCCCUCCACCUCCUCAACAACAUCAACAACAAUUUGCUCCACCACCACCAACUAUCCCUUCGAUACCUUCGUUCCCACAGUCUAACAUGCCACCUACAAAUUUCUCACCGACUCAUCCACAUCAUGAACAAACUCCCCCGCAACCGCCCCAGCAAUUCGUCCCACCGCAGCAGCAGAAUGCGCAUCCGCAAAUGCCACCAUCUCAGUUUGCUCCACCUCCUCAACAAAGCUUCGGUGCUCCACCCCAACAACAACAGUUCGCUCCACCUCCCCAGCAGUUCGCCCCACCACCGCAUGCCCCACCACAGCCUCAGCCUCCGACGCCACAGUCGUCUGUGUCAUCGACUCCGAUCCCACAACCACAACAUUUUCCGCCUGGCGGAAUUCCUCAACAGUUUGUCCCACCCCAACAAGCCCAGUAUGCCCCUCCACCAACGCAAGGUUUCGGUGCUCCACCUCAGCAACAGUUUGGACCGCCACCCACUGCAUUCGGCCAGCCACCACAAUUCGGACAAGCCCCACCAUCAGAACCGGCACCACCCGCUGGAGUUCCUCCUUCAUUUGCUCCACAUCAAAUGGGAGGUUUUGCUCCUCCACCGAUGGGCGGUCCUGUAGGAGUUCCUGGAGGAAAUCCGUUCGCCCGCGGACCAGGAGGUCCUGGAGGAUACCGUGGUUCACCGUAUCAUCAGUCGAUCACCUCGUCGAUGCUGAAGAACAUUUCGUGCGAAGCACUUUUCAAUGGCGACGAAGCAGCGGCCACGGAUGCUAAACGACUGACGUUCAACGAUAGCGUGAUGGUGGACGCCAUUCUAAAUAAUUCGGACAGGUGUCGUACAAUCCAACGACUUUUCGGUUUCUUUCCGACGUUGUCGGAUGAAGAGCGAGAUUUCCCCAUUGCUUAUGCUAUGCUAGUAAACAAGGAUGUUGCUCAGGUUCUUAUGCUUCUCUCGGCCAUCUUCCAACCACAGAAUCAAUUUUGCAUCGCCGUUGAUGGAAAAAGCGACAAGAAGUUCUGGCACGUUAUUAGCGAACUAGCAACGUGCUAUCCGAAUAUCCAAGUUUUCAAGGAAGUACAGGAAAUUAGCCAAGCAUCAAAUACAUACGGUAAAAAAAACAAUGUAAACACUAAGUGGGGGCAAUGCCGUUACUAG